AGCCAAGAACCAAGUGACGUUACAGGAAAAAAAAAAAUUACGCUAAUUUGGACAACGUCGGCAAUUUAAGUGUUAGAUCAAGGAGGUGGUUUAAAAAACAUAUUUGGCUGUUAAAUUAAAAAGCAAAACCAAAAGACGUCCUUGGAGAAUUUGACUACUAACUUUAUACCAAAAUGUCCUUGUUAUUCAUAUCAUUUCUUCUGGGGAUUUUUGGGUCAUUUUAACCACUGCAUCUUUUGCUCCCGCAUUAACCACUUUCCAAAAACAAGAAACUGACUUGGUGUUGGGAAUGUGACAUUUUAAUUUAUUUUUAUUUAUAUAUACAUAUAUAUAUUUAUAUAUAUAUAAAUAUAUAAUGCAAUCCAAAAUCCUAGACCUAACACUUCUUAAGGGAUAAUUCUCAUUAACUAGGCAAGGAUCUAGAGACUUUGGGUUCUGCUCUGUGGCAGCUGGUAUAAUGCUGUGGGUUUGCUUCUGUUCUGUAUGCAUCAAACGUGGGAAACAGAAAAUUGUGAGUGAUCUGGCUUCCUCCAGUGGGUUUACAUUGAGACAUUUGGUCCAGAGUUAAAAGCAGGGACCAGUGAGUUCAAAAUGUCUUGCCUAAAUCAACCAGUAACCCCAAACUGCUGUGGACUGCCAAGUCACAAUUUUCUGAGGUAUCUGGGUGCUCUGGGGUGGGGCUUCAGGUUUCUUGAUGAUUUGAAAUUUUUCUAGGUUAUGGUUUCAAAGGGAAAUGUUGUGACAUGUUCAGCAUGUAAUUGUGUAAUAACUGAAAACUGAGUUCUGAAAAGGCACAUACAAUUUUUUUCACACAGUCUAGAAGCUUUUAAAAUACUUUUUUUUGUGAUGUAAAUCUGCUAGUGCUGGUAAGUCACUGGGAUGAAACUGCCACAGCUAGUGACUGCUACAGUCUUAUAAUGAAACCAAUUCCUCAAGCUGAGCUGCAGAUAAAAUUAAAGCUAAUGAGAUUGUACGAGUGAGACUAGAAAAGCAAGGUCUAAGUUCUAUACUGAGGUAUUGCUAGUACUUGCUGCUCUUCAGUACAUCUUGUCUAUCAUAUUUAUAUAUAUUAAAAUUAUAUAUUCAGCUAACAUGACAGACUUGGAAGUCAAAGAAACGCAGGAGUGUUUGCAAUAAACGUAUCAAAACAUUGUUUUUCAUGUAUCAUGGCAGCAUUCAAACCUUACCAGGUGUCUUUAGUCAAAAUAGCUAUCCAAAAAUGUAACACUUCAUCCAGAAAAAAAUGAAGUAGUAAAAUACCUACUGCUCUUCCCGAGGUCAAAAAAAAUAAAAAAAAAUUUCAUAGGCUGCAUUAAAUGUCAGACUUUCAGCAUAAAGAGUCCAGGUUGUUUGGCUGCAGCUGACAGAUGUUCCAGCACUGAAGGCUGUAAACCAGUUCCUUCAGCUGAAACACCAGGAUGUAGCAGACUGGGUGAUUAAGCAUCUGGGCUUAGGUUGCUUGCUGCAAUACAGAAGCUCUGACUGAAGUCCAGAACACAGCCCAAUUUGGGGUGUGGAGAGGUUGACUGUUAGAGCAGAAGAUAAUCUGAGAAAAAAUGCACAUUCUUCACAACAGCUCGAGCUUAAAGUGAAGGGCUUGCAGGAGGUGAUAAUCUGUAAGCAGAAGCUGCCCUGAAAAUAAAGUUGGGCCCUCAUGAAAUACUGUUUCACUCACGUAUUCUGAGGUUUAAUGUGCUGCUCUCCUGGCUCAGGCUGUCUCUGACCAAGUGCUGGAAGUGCAAGGUCAUUAAAAUGAUUAUCUGCCUCCGCCUUGUAGUGGUGCUUUGGUGCCAGAGUGCAAAGCUGAGCUGAGUGACAGGCAGGAGGAGCAGGGAAGCUGCCUUGCCAUGGAGCCUUAGAGACCUUUUCUGUUUCCUCAUGGACAUUCCUUAUCACACUGUCCUUUAAGAAUGAGACCCAUUGCUGUAGCUACGGUGAAGUUCCUGGGUUUUUAGCAGAAUUUCAUUGGCUCUUGCAUGGAGUAGCAGCCUUUUAAGGGUAUUUCUCCUUUUUUCCUCCCCAUCCUAAAGAAAGGCUUGUGGCCUUCGAAUCGAUCAAGCUGUAAUGUCAGCAAAGCAUUAAAGUAUCGCUUGGCAAACAUCUGAAGACUUCUCUUCAGAUGCUUAAUCUCUUCAUCAAAGUAAAGAUUCCAGAUUUCUAAAAUCCUACAUGCCAUUUUGUAUGGAAUGUUGUCUAUUAAAGAAGACUGUUUUGAACCCAAAAAAGCUAAGCUUACGGAGGAAUCUACAUGGCUUUUGUGUUCCUGUCACAUUGAAGAUUAAUGAAAUACCUGGUUAUUUUCCAGAGUUCAGGUAAAUUCUCUUUUAGUUGCUGUAGCAAAGCCUGCGUGGAAGUGGCUUAAAAGGCUUCAUGGUGUCAGAUUCUACCCCUCUAAUAACCAAAUCCAGUUCAACAAGAGUCCUAGAAAAAGCAAUUUACAGAUGCAUUUCUUUAUAAAGUGCAAGUACUAUUCAAGAUGUGCAUCUGGGAAUGGUGAGCAGACAAUCUCCAGAUGUUUACUCAUUUGCAAGUACUCCUGGCUUCCUUAACUCAGAUCCAUGUUAAAUAAUUUCUGAGUCCUGUAGGUUAUUCAGGAUGAAUAUUCUGUCUGGUUCCAGAGUAACCUGUUCUGUCCAUGGUAUUUUUCUCUUCUAUUUUUUUCCCUGUCCCUCUCUGGAACUCAGUGCCGUGUCUUUUGUAACAGCAAGAUCAGCUGGUUUUGAACUUGGGAGAGGUGAACUGUUUGAAUAGGCUCAGCUUCUUUGCUGACUCAAAGAAGUUUGGCUCUUGCUCUCUUGACAGCGUUGUUCAGGUGUGAUUUGUAACAGUGCUUACAGUCAGCUUUUCUCAAUCAUAAAACUGACUCAGGCAGUCAAUCUGCAGGAUAAAGUCUACCAGUUCCAUUGUGAGAAGUGUUUUUAGUUCUUGUCAGUGGAGAGUUCUGUGAGCCCGUCAUUAACAUUCGCUGGACGCCUGUGGUCGUGGCAGGAUUUCUCAGCACAGACUGUUAGUUCUCUACUUGAGAAUUAGCCAGUUGACAACUAAGUAUUUUUCACUGCACUGCUGGUCCAGAGAAACAGAACAGACAAAGCUUGAGAGCUUCAAGUUGAGGAGGUUGUUAGGGUGUGACAGGACAGUUGCUUUUCCCCAUCGAUCAGAUCUGCAGCUCUGAUGGUAAUAAAGCAAUUUGAGUAUCCCUCACGUAGUACAGAGAUUAUCAAAGUUUUGGGUAACAGCCCAGAGAGGGACAAGCAGUGAUGAAUGUGCAGGUUUGAGCUGGCCAUGUAUAUAGUGAAGAUCUGUUAAAGAAAUGCCAACAAACUCUUCAGCACGUUCUUCAUACCAGCAGUGAUGCAUGUGCUCCAUGAGUGUCUCUAUUUCAUAUGACAGCUGUGGUUGGGCUGUGUCUUAACACGACUUGGAAGGGAUGUUGUGAGUUGAUUCCAGUUCCCUGUUACUUUCUCUAGCUGUAGAUGGAUGUUCUCUUGCCUGUAAUACCUUGGAUUUGAGGUAUUCUAACAAAUAGCAGCAUAUAGUUUGUUAGCACAUCCUUUGUCCUCAGGUUCAGGGUCCCAUUUUUCAUUUGAAACGUUCAGGUUUCUAAAGCAGUGAGUUGAUCUGUUUCUUCCCACACUCCUCCUUUGUUCACUUAGUUUUGGCUGCUCGGAUGGAGAAAGUGGUUCAAAUGAUGAAUCAGUGUUCACUGCUGAGCACACUAAAUGGAAAAACAGUGUAACUCUUGGUUGUAUGCAUCGAGUAAGGGUUAGGGAACUAAGGAAUCUCUGGGGUUUCUGUGCGAAUUUGCUGUCAAAUGGGAAUGGCUGUCUUAAUUCUGGUGCAGGAUUUUUUUUUUUUUUAUAUGACUACUGGUGGAUCAAGAGAAUUGUCCUUCAGUGCAUUAAGAUUCAAACAAAGCUAUUGAACCUCUUCUAAAUGACCUGUAGCCUGUUCUGGAAGAGUUAAAGCUGUUUUCUGAGUGCUGUCCAGAUACAUUUGGGAUAGAAUGUCAGGCUAUUAAGACUUGUUUGCACUUGCUUCUCUCUGGAUGACAGCACAAGCUAUAGCUGAGGUCAGCUUUGUCUGUAUUUCACUGUGAAGAGAUUUCUGUUGCAAAAACUCAAGAGCUGUUGCUCAGCUGAAUUCAUCCGUGGACAGACCAUCCUUUUUGGAGGGCAUCCAGAACGGAAACUCGCUUGGCAAAGUGAUCUUCAGAUGAGACUCCUGUUACCUCUGUAAAGCACAGUGCUGCCACCUGAGUCACCAGGAAUGAGCACGAAGGGAAGACUGGCUUAGCUUGCAGUAACUGGUUCUUGGAGAUUUGUGUGUAUUCCUUCACUCUCCGUAUCCCACAAUGUCUCGAAUUUGUCAUUUGGAGUGCUGAACAUUAAGAGAAUUGUUCUUGAUGCCCCACCUGCCCUGUCAUGUGAGUUUUCACAUGUCCUUCCAAGGACAGAGGUGUGCUGGGUCCCUGGUCACUGUCACAGGUUCUGGCUUCUGUUUCGUCUGCCCAGAGAAUGGUGCAUGUGGGCAUGUGGUGACACCAGUUACUGUAAGGUAAGUCAUUCCCAUGCCUCUCCCUUCUGUCCGUGUGACAGUGCCGUGCUGUGUCUCUGAAGAGCACACUGCAGUCAGAUGACAGUUUGACAUUCAGGGAUAUAAACAUGAGACACUGCAGACAAGUAGAAAACAAUCCUAUGAAAUUACAUCCUGUUUCCUAGUGGCAAUAACACGUCUUGUUUUCAAACUGUUGGUCUGAAUUCCCGCUUGAGGAAUGUGGCAUCCAGCUGGUGCAUAAGCCUGUUUUCCAGUGCCAGCAGUAGGUGUGAGCGAGAGGUGCUCGUUUGAACUAAAGGGUGUUGGUAAACAUCAUUACCUUCGGAAACGGACGCCAGGAACUCUGCAAUUCCAAGAUGGAGCAGCAUUUUCCCCUUUGAAUGACCAUAACUGAUGUUUAGUUCUCCUGCUGUGAAGGCUGUUUCUCGUUUUCAUCCCGUAUCACUUCUCCUCUGCAUCUUCACCUUUGCCAUGGUACUGGUCCCCGAGGCAAAGGACCAAAGCAAGGCAGCAAAGGGCAGGAGAAGGGGCCUGGCACGGCCCCCAACAGCCACCCCUGCCCUUGCCUGGGCCCCGGAUGACCCUUACACCACCAUGGCAGACUACGAGCACAGCAUCCAGGACAUGGUGCGCCAGCUGAGGAACAGCUCUGAGCCAGGUGACACCAAGUGCCAGGUCAACCUGAGGCUCUGGAGGUCCAACCGGAGGAGCCUGUCCCCCUGGGCCUACAGCAUAAACCAUGAUGCAACACGGAUCCCAGCAGACAUCCCCGAGGCCCGAUGCCUCUGCACCGGCUGCAUCAACCCCUUCACGAUGCAGGAGGACCGCACCAUGGCCAGCAUUCCCAUCUACAGCCGGCUCCCUGUCCGCCGGCUGCUCUGCCAGGUGCCAGGAGAGGUGGGGCACAAGCCCUCUGGGAAGAAGAAGUGCCACAAGAAGUACCAGAUGGUCAUGGAGACCAUCGCCGUGGGCUGCACCUGCAUCUUCUGAGGUUGCAAAGCUAACCCCUGCAGCUCCCCAUAGGCAUCUAACCAGCUUGCUCGUGCUUCCCGAGCUUGCCCAGCCCUCUGGGAGAGGGUCACCUGGCUGAGCAUCAGGGUGGGGGAGCCCCUGCGCAAAGCCAUGGCAGCUCCAGGAGCUCCCUGAAAUUCCCCUGCAGACUCCAUAAGCCUGAGCCCAAGCAGCAACUCUGGGGACACCUAGUGAAGAGGGAUCCCCUGCAAGUCCCCCAGCUAUGCAGUCCUGUGGCCUUGCAGCGAGACAUUCACUGCCCUGAGGCUGAGCCUCCAGGGCUCAGCAGGAUGGGCUGGGGGACAGAGGGAGGCAGCUGCCUGCUGGUCCCUCUGGCUGGGCAGGAUCAGGCCUCCUCCCUUCCCAAAGUCCCCACUUGCCUUCGUUCCUUCCAUCGGUGCCACAGCUCUGGUAGGACCCAGCCCUCCCCAGUCCUCCCACAAGUUCCUCUGCCCCAAGCCAGGCAGUCCAGGGUGAGUGGCCAGUGGUUUGGGCAGCUUCUGAGGUCUUCAAUAAAGUGCAUUGCUGGCCCCUGUCUCGGCCCUUCAUGCUGCCCCUCUGCCCUGCCCGCCCAGGGUUGGGGUGCCCAGCUUCUCCCACCGAGACUCUUCUGCCUCCCCCAGAGCUCAGGGAAGCCUGAACACCCCCAGAAACAGAGAGCACCCAUCAGGACCUGAGACAGCCCACCCUGCAGCCCGUUCCCGGGGCACCAAGCCCAUGAGCAGGGUUAAGCUCCAUGCACGCAUGGCAAGGCAGAGGCUGUGGGACCUCCUGCUGCAGCCAGGGCCAGCCCUGCCACUGAGUUCCACAGGGGCAAAGCCAGGAAGGCAGGAAGGACUGUAGUGGGAACCAGGCAGUUCAUAGGAGGCCCCCAUCUGCUGCCAAUGCCAGCCAGCCUCUCCCCUGGAAGCCCCCUGAGAUACCUCCUAAACACAGAUGCACAGUGACUCCUUUUCACAGGAG